CAUCAUUCGCGCCCAUCUCUUACUGCAGCCUUACACUGCUUGACAGAAAAAUCGAAUUAUUGCUUGUUCUUCCCAUAAUUGCAUUGAUCGAUACGCUUCAAUCUGGUAUCUCGUCUCUAGUAAAACAUUACCACCGGCCCACUAUGCGCAUUGACAUCUGCAAAGUGUGAAGAGGUCUGCAGGUUCAGAUAUUGAGUGAUGGAACGGCCGAUUCUUUUGUCAAAAGAUUCAACAGAUGCACAACUCGUGGAAGCAGUACCUGAUGGCGUAUCCAUCGAAUGGUCUAACGCGCAACCUAACAUCCGGACCUGGCCGCCCGAAAGAACCAUGAUGGUAGCAGUCGAUAUAAAACAAGGAAGAACAGGGGCAUUCAAUAUAUACGAAACACCCCGCGACAAAUGGGUUGGGGGGAUUGGUGAAAAGGACAAGGCGAGCAUUGUCAUGGUGAGAUGGAAGAGUAAUUGGUGGUUUUACUACAUUGGAUCUGUUCGGAUUGGAUAUAUAAAGGGCGAAGAACAAGCAUGACAGCGUAAAUUGGCUGUGGCGGCAUUCACAUUUGCUGAGGUCUCUGAGUUGCAUAAAUGCCGCCGAGCUCCCUCGAAAUUUGAACAGUGACAAAAGGGAAAUUGUUCACAUCGUAUGGAUCUGUCAACCAUGGCCCCCCACGGACAUUGUCGGAGACACCCACAAGCUGGAGAUCUGGGAUCGAGAGAUUGUAAACUCUACCAUGAAGGUGUUCUGCGAAACAUUAGGAUGAUGCAUUGCUAGUUUGACGGCUUUUCCCCACCUGAACCAACUUGUACCGGCCGUGUUCCCAUGCUAGCACUAUCCAAGGGCAAUGGGAGUUCCAACUCUGUUUGCUUAUGAAUUGCUGCUCGAGCAUGUAUCGCAGAUCUUCUUACCUGUAGAGGAUUGAGAGAGUUGAUAUGUCGCAGCGUGAAAAGCUAGACCACCACUCAGUAACGCUCGGAACA